AUGCGGGCUGAGAGUCCGGGAGUCGCGCUGAAAACUUCCAUUAAGCGCUCAUCUCCAGCCGUCCGCCAGCUCUGCUCUAUCACCGCUUCACACGAUUCCGACUUCGCUGUCUCGCCCCAGAACGCCCCGCUGCCCACACAGACCUGCUCCGUCUGCCCACAGAAACAAGACUACGGCUACACCUGCAGCAUCGCGCCUCCAAGUCCGUACACGCGUCUCUCCAGCUCGCUGUCCGUUUUUCUGCAGCUGGUUGCAGACAAGAAACCACGACGCGCAGGUGUGAGAAGUCUGCGCGUCUGA